UCUGGAAGAAUCAUCGGAAAUUAUUCUAUGGUUUCGAUUUCAGCAGUUUGGUAAUUAAUAAAUACUUAUGCAUUUGAAUUGAUUUUCCAUACUUUCCUAAUCUUCUGGGAUUCCAUCCCAAAUAUAUUUUCCUUAACUUUUUUGGUUUGGGGUUCUUGGAAUCGUGGGCCUCGACUAGAAGGCCCCUCAUUGGACAUGUGAAUGCCUCCUCCUCUACCAAAUCCUCCAAAAUACGGAGACGUCUGGAAUUCGAAGACGAUGGAAAAGAGCGAGAGCGAUAACAGCAUGGGCGAAAAUUCGCAGGAGAUAUACGAAUCUGAAACUGUGUUAUUCAAGAAGCAGGGUCUCUGCAAAGAAGAAAAUCUGAACGAAGUCUGGAAGAAAGAGGUGGAAACAGUCUUUGAAUCUCAUGGCCUUUCAUGCGAAUUGUACUGGGAUGAGUGUAAGAUGACUGUCACUGCAACAGAACGUACUGAAGGUGGUCUUCUUCAAGAUGGCUUUGACAGGGGUUUUAAUGCUCUCUUUGUUCUGGCAUGUGGUCUCGGCACUGAAUGGGUUGAACCAAUCGUCUCCGGCAGUGUCUAUAGUGAUGUCAUGUAUAUUAUAAUACCAGAUGGCAUGAGUCAGGAUGAUUUUUCAAGCAAGUAUAAUGAUUUCAUAUACAAAUUUGAAGACAAAUUUGGACUACCUCGAAAGCUGUCCUGCUUUGUUCUUUAUCAAGAAGCAGCUGUUGUUGUUCUUUCCGAUAAAGCCGGGUCAACAAGUACAGUGAGGAAUCUUGUGUAUAGUUGUCUAAAUGGCGAUAAUCCUUUUGAUGAAGACCAUUUUCAUGAAUUGUUCCUUGAUGAUGUUUUAGGCACCGAAUAGAUGAAGAUUAGACAAAAGUUCAGAUUAUGUGUUUCACCUGCUCUUUGCUGACUUAAACUGCACUUUAUGAACCGUCUAGUUUGCUGCUUUCUCUGUUUUGGGUAGAACACAUGUUACUGAUUUUUGUUUAUGCUUUAUGUAUGAGUUGAUGCGGUUGCUCA